GACGCCAUUUUCCCUCACUCCUUCCGACCUUCCCACCUGCUGCCGCGAGUGCAUCUCCCGUGCUAAGCUAGCUUCGCCGGUGGCCGACACCAUACCCACCGCCACGCUACUCCGUCCCAGCUCACUAGAGCUGCCAAUCUGGAGAGCCUCUGCCUCCAUCGAUUGUUUUAUGCCUGGGUUCCAGUGCAAAUUAUGCCAAAAUUGCCGUAUUCCAAAGAACAGAAAAGUGAGAAAAUCUUUCACCGAAAGAGCAGAGUAGGUGUAUAGGUAGAAGAGAAGAGAGCGAGGCCAGGAGCAAGGCAUGACGAGCAAGACGAUGGCGGUGGUGCGACCAAGAUCGGCGGCGCACCUCUCUCUCCUCUUCCUGCUCCUCCUCGCCCCGCCUUGUUCCCCGCAGGAGCAAGACGACGGCGGCGGCGGCGUCGCCCUCCACGGGAGCUUCGUCCGCUGCGUCGCGCGCCUCUCGCCGGCGACCACCGACCCGUCCCGGCUCGUCCACGCACCGUCGGCGGCGUCCUACACUUCCCUGCUCAACGCCACCAUCCAGAACCUCCGCUUCGCCUCCCCACGGACGCCGCGGCCGGCGCUGCUCCUGACACCGGCGACCGUCGCCGAGGUGCGGGCCUGCGUCGCCUGCUGCCGGCGCCAGGGCCUCACGGUCCGCGCCCGCAGCGGCGGCCACGACUACGAGGGCCUCUCCUACCGCUCGGUCCUCCAGAGCGCUGGCACCGCCCGCCCCUUCGCCGUGGUCGACGUCGCCGCGCUGCGCGAUGUCCGCGUCGAUGCCGCGCGCCGCGUGGCGACGGUCGGGCCGGGCGCCACGCUCGGGGAGCUCUACUACGCAGUGGCGCGAGACAGCGGCGGGGCGCUGGGGUUCCCCGCGGGGAUCUGCCCCACGGUCUGUGUGGGCGGCCACCUCAGCGGCGGCGGGUUCGGCCCCAUGAUGCGGAAGCACGGGCUGGGCGCGGACAACGUGGUGGACGCCGAGGUGGUGGACGCCGACGGGAGGCUCCUGGACCGCGCGGCCAUGGGCGAGGGCCACUUCUGGGCGAUCCGCGGCGGUGGGGGCGGGAGCUUUGGCGUGGUGGUUUCCUGGACGGUGCGGCUGGUCCCCGUGCCGCGCGUCGUCUCCGCCUUCACCGUGCGCCGCCUGGUCCGCCGCGGGGACCGACGGCAGACCCAGGCGACGGUCCGGCUGCUGGCCAAGUGGCAGCGCGUGGCGCACGCGCUCCCCGACGACCUGUUCGUGAAGGCGGCCAUGGAGCCGGAGCUCGACGACGCCGGCGAGAGGCACCCGCUGGUGACCUUCAAGUCGCUGUUCCUCGGCGGCAACUGCAGCGGGAUGGUGGCGGAGAUGAGCGCCCACCUACCGGAGCUCGGCGUCACGGCGAGCGACUGCAGAGACAUGAGCUGGAUCCAGUCAAUGCUCUACUUCUACGGGUACACGAGCGGGCAGACCGCCGCGGAGGUGCUCCUUGACCGGAGCCUGCAGCCCAAGGACUACUACAAGGUCAAGCUGGACUACGUGACGACCCCGAUCCCGGCGGCCGGGCUGGCGGGGCUCCUCGCCAGGGUGGUGGAGGACAGGGGCGGGUCCAUCGACGUGGACCCACAGGGUGGCGCCAUGAGCGCGACACCGGAGUCGGACACGCCGUACGCGCACCGGCGAGGGUACCUAUACAACGUGCAGUACUUCGUCAAGUGGGGCGGCGACGCCAACGUGUCGUACGAGGACGCGCACCUCGGGUGGGUGCGGGGCGUGCACCGGUGGAUGACGCCGUACGCGAGCGCGAGUCCCCGGGCGGCGUACGUCAACUUCAGGGACCUGGACCUAGGGCAGAACGUGGAUGGGAAGACGACCUACGAGGCCGCCAGGGCGUGGGGGGAGAUGUACUUCAGGGGCAACUUCAGGAGGCUGGCCAUGGUGAAGGCCGAGGUGGAUCCUGACCAGGUGUUCUGGAGUGAGCAGAGCAUCCCUCCCCUGUUUGAGGUUGGGGAGGAGACAGGGGAAUGGCACAGUCAGAGUGGGUUGUUUUCAGACAGUUGAUGAGUGAGCUUCUCUUUUCUCGGCUGCAAAUACCGUUUCUUGAUUUAUCAUGAAAGAAAAACAUCGUUGAAUGGUUGACAGAUUCGGCAAUAGAAUGUGAUGUACCUGCCCCAAGUGUCAAUAGCCAAUGGUGCAAUAGAACGACACAGUGAUAUAUGAAUCAUAUAUUCAUGAAUUACGAAAGGCGACAGGGUGAUUUCUAAAUUCUGCAUGACAUCUUGUUGCUAGUUUCAGCAUUUUCUGUGUGGCAUUGCUGAAAUUGGGAGGCAAAGGAGUAUUGACGCCCAUGCUAUGUACAAAACCAGCACUGAAACUGCAUGGCCUCAACUGAAGAUGCAGUGGAGGUUGACAUAGAAAACCAGCUCGGCUUUGCCGCGCCCUCCGUGGAGUGGGUCAGCCUGUUUUUACAGAUUUUGUUACUCCUCUUUCUCUAUAUCUUCUCUA